AUGGAGAUCAUCCGCCACCAGGUGCUGAUCCCCGUGGCGGAGGUGCAGGUGCGGGCCUGCCCGUCGGCCAGCGACCACGAGGCGGACUUCCGCUGGGAGCUGGUGCAGCUCAAGUCGAACCAGCAGGCCGGGAAGCGGUCGGAGAAGAUCUUUCGCCUGGGCAAUAGUACAAACGAGUACCGAAACGCCUUCAUCCGCAACAUUCGAAUGAUCAUUCGCGAGGACGUUCGUCGCAUGGACGUCAUCAGCAGCAACAGCGGCGCCCGGCCGGUGUCCACCGGGCGGGCGGAGACCAGCCCCACCGGAAAGCGGCCUGUCGAUGGCGAUGGAAAAAGCGGGGGCGGCAAGAAGACGAUGGUCUCCUUUGCCAGCACGCAGAACCUCAGCAAGUGCGGCUACUGCGGCGAGGACCUCAGCGGAACUGCCAAUGUGCUGGUCGGUCAGCCGCUGGACACCAUCAAGGUGAAGAUGCAGACCUUUCCACAUCUGUACAGCAAUACGGUCAUCUGCUUUCGGCAGACUCUUGCGAAGGACGGCAUCCGCCGAGGCUUGUACGCAGGCACACUGCCCGCACUGGCGGCGAACAUUGCUGAAAAUUCGGUCCUUUUCUGCGCCUACGGCUUCUGCCAGAAGCUGGUGCAGGCGGCCACACAGAAGGACUCCUGCAAUGCGCUGGAGAAUGCCACCGCGGGCUUCCUCGCCGCCUUCUUCUCCUCCUUCACCCUCUGUCCGACUGAGCUGAUCAAGUGCAAGUUGCAGGCACUUCGAGAGACGGGAACGGCGUCAAUUGGCGCAUUCAAGCUGACGGGAGACAUUCUUAAGGCGGAGGGCGUGCCCGGCCUCUUUCGUGGCCUCACCUCGACGAUGUUCCGCGAGAUGCCGGGCUACUUUUUCUUCUUUGGCGGCUACGAGCUCUCCAAGUCGAUGCUCGUCUCCCCGGCCGACCCCGACCCGAACAAUCUCGGCCUGGUGAAGACCACCAUCGCCGGCGGCAUCGGCGGCAUGUGCCUCUGGACGUCCAUCUUUCCCUUUGACGUGGUAAAGUCACGCAUUCAAAUCGAGUCGAGCACCGAGUCGAUGACCAGCGUCCUGAGGAAGGUGGUGAAGACGGAGGGCGUUCGUGGCCUGUAUAAAGGGCUGACGCCGACGCUGCUGCGCACCUUUCCUUCUACGGGGGCGCUCUUUGUCGCCUACGAGAACACCAAGUACUACCUGACGAGGGCGGCCAGCUAA